GUGCUAAAUGCUAAUGCGUAGAGAAAUUAUUUUUGUUAAUUAAAAUUACACUGAUGGCCUAACUUAAAAGAUUGACGAAAAGUAAUCAUUUUUAAGUUCCCCGCCAAAUAGUUUGAACUUUGAUUUUACGAUAAAUUAUCUAUUGGUUGUAUGCAUUUAUGAAAAAUGAAAGUAUAAUAUUUUUAUUAUUUUAGUACCACAGAGAAUAAUAACUAUUAGGGAUAUAAAUUGCACGAGUUGUAAUUUUACAAGUUUUAGAAUUAUUAAAAAAAUUUUGAAGUUAGAACCGUACUAUACUACUAAUUGCAUUCUGAUUUUCUGAAAAUUCCCGGUAUUUUGUUAUCAUUAUCACAAUGAGCGCCAAACUCAAUUGCUGCAGCUGUGCUUAUGAAUAUUUGCGACAGAUGUUUUGAACGUUUUGUAGUUCUGCUUCAUUUUUCAUUUGAAAUUUGAAUUUGAAUUUACUUGUUGUCCUAUUCGUGUUCCGUAAAUCGUCUCUUUUCGGUUCUCGUUUAUUUCGACAUUGAUAAUUCAUCAAAUAUACUUCGAAGUUAUAAUAAACUGUACCUCCAAUCAGUUCAUUGUUGUUGCAGAAUUGUGAACUCAUUAAUUUUUUGUCCAAAGUAAUAGCCAUGAGUGCAUUAAUUAAUCGUCGCAAGCGGAUUCGAUUGAAUUCAGGUGCACCCAAUGAAGAUGAAGCUUCUCCUAAUGUCACUGAUAGCGCUCCUGACAAUAAUGUAUCUGAGGAUAAUGCAACACCAAUGAAAGAGGAGAAUGAUUUUGAAUUGGACUCCGAACAAGAUGAUCCCACAGGUUUGGAAGGAGCAGCAUUUCAUAGUCGUCUACCAUUUGAUAAAAUGACUUCAAAUGAAGCCUACUGUUUUUCGGACGUAGCUCACGGACCAACUCAAACUCAGAAAGUUUUUUUACACAUUCGCAAUCGAUUGUUACAACAAUGGUUGGAUAAUCCAAAACAACAAUUACUUUUUGAAUCUGCUCUCCCAUUGAUUGAGCCACCUUUUAAUACUGAUAAAGCUCUUAUUCAACGGAUUUAUGCAUACUUGGAGCGUCAUGGGUUCAUAAACUUUGGGGUGUUUAAGAGAUUAAAACCUCUACCUGUAAAAAAAGUAGGAAAAGCUAUUGUGAUUGGUGCUGGUAUAGCAGGACUAGCUGCUGCUCAACAAAUGCAACAAUUUGGCAUGGAAGUUAUUGUUUUAGAAGCAAGGGAUCGAGUUGGUGGGCGCAUUGCUACUUUUCGUAAAAAUAGUUAUGUCGCUGAUUUGGGUGCAAUGGUAGUUACUGGUUUAGGAGGUAAUCCAGUGACAGUGCUAUCUAAACAAAUUAACAUGGAACUUCAUCGGAUACGUCAAAAAUGUCCAUUAUAUGAACCUGGGAAAUUGAAUGCAUUGGUAUCUACUCAAGUUCCUAAAGAUAAAGAUGAAAUGGUUGAGAGAGAAUUCAAUCGUCUUUUGGAAGCUACUAGUUAUUUAUCUCAUCAUUUAGACUUCAAUUAUUGUAAUGGAAAACCUGUUUCACUAGGUCACGCACUGGAAUGGGUUAUAAAAUUACAAGAGAAACAUGUUAAAGAGAAAUUGAUUCAGUAUAUGAAAAGUGUUGUAGCUUUACAAGAACGACUGAAAACAAAUUAUAAAAAAUUACUUGAAGUGCAAGACAUUCUAAAAGAUUUAUCUACACAGAAAAAAGAGAAUGCUGAGGAAAAAUGUAAUGAUGCUAGCUCAAAUUUUGCAUACCUUUCAGCUAAGAGAGAAAUAGCCAUUAAUCUCAAACAAUGGGAUGAAUUAAUAGAGGAAAAGAAUGAAAUCGAAGAAAAACUAAAAGAAAUGGAAGCAUCUCCACCAAGUGAUGUAUAUCUAUCAACUAAAGAUCGUCAAAUUCUGGACUGGCAUUUUGCAAAUUUGGAAUUCGCCAAUGCUACUCCGCUUAAUAAUCUGUCAUUAAAACAUUGGGAUCAAGACGACGACUUUGAAUUUACUGGAAAUCAUCUAACAGGAGGUAAACGGCUACUGUCACGCGGAUCGACAUCGGCAGAUCUCAUCAUUUUGUAGCCGAUCGUAUCUGGCAAAGACGACGACGACGAAGAUGACGCUAAACACAAUGUCCACGCCUAUACGAUAUUUCAUUACACCGCGCUCAGUAGUUUUUUAUUUGCAGUAGUGUUGUGACUGUUUUUAAGAGGACUUGAUGCUUGUAUUUAACAGGGU